AUGCCGAGGCUUGGAAUUCCUACCUUGGCGCUGACAUAAUGGCGGACCGGGCGCUGACCCCAAUAUAUUGAAAGUGUGUUGCUUGAGUUGGGAUGCUCCGUGCAUGACGUGACGUCGACCGGGAUCUGAGAUCGAACAAAGUUGCGCCAUCAGAAGCGAACCAUGCAUGGAUCGGCAGUUCCUGGGUCCUGCAUGUCCCCAAAUCCUUGAUAUCCUGUCGAACUCUAUUGCCAACAUCCCAGACAUCAUUAUUCCCGUUUCAAUGUUCUACCACCUUUUCUGCAGGUGACCACAUUCGUUUCGUUCUUUUGUAGUUGUGGGCGGUUACUCCUCCCUCGUUACACGAUGACGGGAAAGGUUGAGAGCGGGAAGCCGGGAAUAGACACAAAGCUUCAAAAGAAGUCGUCGGAGCUGGAUACAGGUGCUCGGCAGGUCGAAAAUGUUGCAAAGCCCGCCCGAAGUGCAACGCGAACCAAGGGAUCUUCAGACGCAUCAAGUCCGUCCACGCUGGCUGAUGGCGCAAAGCUGGACACCCACACAUUCAACACUUUGAGCCAUGGCGACAGCCGAAGACGCAUAGAUGGUCCACCGCGUCUGCCAUUCGACCUUCGACAGCACAAAUUAUCAAUCGCAAUUUUUGCUUUCCUCGCAUAUGCAGAGUGCUGUUUCAUCCCACUGGGUCUUUACUAUGGCUUGAGUAAAGGCACGAGUAUGCGAUCUGGCCUGUAUUUCGCGGUCAUCACAAGUCUGUUCGGUUUCGUGAGCGGAUAUGAAUUUGCCAUGCGCUCUUGGCGGAUCAUGCGAUACGGCGAGGACUUCAGACCGUUAUAUGGCAGCCAGUACUUUCGUGGAUUCGACGCAACUCAAUACGUGCUUUUGACCCCAUUUACCAUUAUGACGAUCAUUCAGGUUGUAUUCAGCUGCCCUCGAUAUCCUUCUGUUAGGGCUUUGGCGCUACCGAUGCCUGUCGGACUGAUUGUCAUCGGGGGGAUAUUUGUGGUCAAUGGCGUGGCGGCGCAACGUGGUUGGAGAUUGAUGCACAUUCGACUGAGUUCGCACGUCAGAAAUACUGUCUGUCCACCACUCACAUUCGUCUUCUUGGAAGAUGUAUGUGCUGUUGAUGGCCAAGGCGGAAAGAGAUAUCGAAAGGCAGCAAUGGCUAGGUACCAUGCAUCGCCACAUUUCAGAGCUAUGUUGAUGAAGCUGCAAUGGUUCUGGGCUAUCAGCGCAAUCGUCGUUGGUGCAGCAGUGACUGUCGUGAUCUGGUUCAUCAGGGAAGAUGUUGCAUAUGGUCUCGGAUGGGGAGUCCCAUCAUUUUGGACAGCUGUUGGGAUCUGGCUGACUGUGGUAUGGGUGCAGAGAGAACUGCGCAUUGAGAAAGUCACCUGGAUACCAGACCGGGUGACCUCUGCAUAAUUGUGUACAUAUUGAAGUAA